AUGGCGAUACUAGCGGACAGUCAACGAUGGAACAGAACGUGGGCCCUUUUCUGUGUGUUAUUGGUGUCAGCUAGUGCUAUUUCAUAUCUAUUUUAUCAGCUUAAUGUAGCAUCAAUUCAUUUAACUUACAUACCUUUAUUCCCUUGGAAUACAAGUUAUUCUAUCGACUCCGCUAAUCGCUAUAGAAUGCCAACACUAGCUUCCAUAGACCACCAUACUAAAAAAUGUUUACAGAUCGUCAAAGUUAUUCGACAUCGUUUGAAUUAUUUACAGAAUCCAAAAGACUGUUUCAAUGCAAAAAUGGUCCUAUGUGAUGGUAGAAAAGCGGGUAUGGGAUCGACUCUCCACCAUUGGGUUUAUUGCUUAAUUUAUGCCUAUUCCAUUAAUCGCACAAUGCUAAUUGACUUACACCAUUGGUCCUAUUUACGCAAUUUUAUCAGUAGACACGGAGUUAGGAGAUAUAAAGAUCUCUUUAAGCCAAUUUCAAGAUGCCAAUUAAGUGUUAAGGAUAAAAAAUUGGCCGUAUUAUGGUCAAAAGCAUUUGAUGGAAAUGAAAGUAUUGCAGCUCCAAGAAUUAUUAAAAUCCAAUCUCCAGGGAAUUUGUUGGAGAAAGUAGGAGCUUUACCGAGGAUUUCACACUAUGCCAUGCCGACUGAUAUCUUUUACAAGGUAGUUCAAUUUAAGCAUAAUCCAAUGGCUUGGUGGAUAGGAAUAUUAGCGCAAUAUAUUAUUCGACCCGCUAAGCAAGUUAGGCAAUUUAUUAGCAAAUCAAAGGCAGAUCUGGGCUUUCAAUCGCCUAUUGUAGGGGUCCAUAUUAGACGUACCGAUAAAAAAUUUGAAGCUAAAAUGUUUCCUAUCGAUGAAUAUAUGACGAAAGUAGAUCAAUUUUUUAAUAACUUAACAAAAACUGGAUUGGAUAUUCAAACCAAAAGGGUUUUUAUUACUACUGAUGAUCCUACGUUAAUAAAACCUAUAAAAGAAACCUAUCGAAAUUACACGUUUCUACAUCCUCCUAUAGAACAACUCACUGCUGGUACCUAUAGCUCUAGAUAUUCUGCAAAACAUUUAAAGUAUUUUCUACGAGAUGUUUUUCUCUUAGCAGAAUGCGAUUAUCUUGUUGUCACAAUGUCAUCAAAUGUUGGUGGAUUAGCUUACGAAUUACAUGAAGUUCUUUACGAUACAACACGAAAUCAACAUUAUACAUCGCUCGAUGUUGGCUAUCAUACCUUUGGUCAAACUUCAGCGAAUCAAAGUCCGUCCAUCAUGCAAGCUACCAAAAGCUGUCCUAGUCAGAAGCAAACUGAUCUUGAUCUGCAUUCCGGAGACUUUAUUGAUUCCUGUAAAGUAGUAUCCAAAUCAAAUAAGAUGUAUUAUGGAUAUUCCAUGCGCUUGAAAAAAUUUGGCAAUUUCCAUCAAAGUUGCGCGAAAUAUUUACUGGACAAUCAUCACUAUUACAAUUACAGCCUAGUAGACUACUCACAACUGACUUUGAACAGAAGCCAAACUGUCGAUAAUGCUUGUUUAAAAACAUCGAUUGCCGAUUUCAUUUUAUAA